GUAGGAAACUACCCCAACAGUCCAUGCCAACCUCAAGUCAACUCUCUUGAUACCCUUAGCUCGUUCUAAUCUCUCACAACACUUCGCUAACCACAACUUACUAGUAUUCCGACGAGUUUCAGUUUGUCAAGGUAAAAGGAGAAAUAGAGCCCGCCACGCAAGUACGGUUUCCAAUAGUUGAGUCCUUCCCACCCCAGGAUCAAGUUAGUUUCCUCAUGGCUGACAACAUAUUAGCUUCUUGUCUCGCGGGAGCUGUGAGCCAAGCUGGGGCAGAUUUAACUAAUUAUGCUAAAAGCAAAGUCAGUUUAUCACAGAGUAUGGAGAAAAACUAUGAAAUGUUAAGAAAUGAAGUAGCAAGACUCCAGGCUUUGAGGGAUGAUUAUGAAAGGGAAGUCAAGAAACAUAAAAUGAAGACAACUACUAGCAGCUAUGAUGUAUGGCGACGCUGUGUUAACAAGACGCUUGAAAAUGCAAAAGAAUUAGAAGAUCGAUUUGAAGAAGAUAGAAGGCCUUCAUCUAGAUACAUUCAUGUGAAGCGAAGAUCAAAUUAUAGUGGAAAAUUGGUAAAAAUGUAUGAAGAAAUUCAAAAGCUUGUGGAAGAGGGGAAAUUUCUGGGAGGUAUUUUGGUUGAUAAACCUGUAGAUCCUGUCUUAAAGGUGCAUGCACCUGAGAUCAAAGGAUUUCCUAGCCUUCAGAGGCCGCUAGAACAGGUAUUGGAGCUGUUAAGAAAUGACAAAUUGAAAGGUAUUGGGAUUUGCGGCACGUUAGGGGUUGGGAAAACAACAAUAAUGCAAAACUUGAAUAACCAUGAUGAAGUAUCUAAAAUGUUUGAUAUUGUCAUUUGGGAAAAUGUCUCUAGUGAGAGGACCGAGGAAAAAUUGCAAGAGGAUAUCGCACGGCGACUUAAACUAAAAAUGGAAGGCGUUGUCCAUCCUGAGGACGUUGCCAGAACAAUAUCAGAAGAGUUGAAUAACAAGAAGUAUUUGCUGCUUUUGGAUGACGUCAUGGACUCAGUUGAUUUGGAAGAUAUUGGAGUCCCUGACAACAAAAAUGGCAGCAAAGUGGUAUUGACAACUGAAUUCCGUCAUGUUUGUUCGUCAAUGGCAGACAGAUUGAUUGAGGUGCACCCAUUAUCAUCAAAUGAGGCUUGGAAGAUGUUUCAGCAGAUGGUCAGUGAUGUCGUAGAUCUGCCUGAUAUUGAACCAGUUGCUCAGCUGGUAGCUAAGGAGUGUGCUCGACUCCCACUUCUGAUCAAGACAGUGGCAGGUGCUUUCAAGUUGAAAGAUAGUGUGCCAGAAUGGAGGAAAGGGCUCAAAGACUUACGGAAAUGGCCAGAAAUUGAGAUUCCAGGCUUAACUGAAUUGCAUUCAUUCUUGAAGUUCUGUUAUGAUCAACUAAAGGAUGAUCAGAAAAGGAAAUGCUUCUUGUAUGGUGCAUUGUAUCCAGCAGAGAGUAAGAUUUAUACAGAUUAUUUACUGGAGUGUUGGACUGCUGAAGGACUCGUUGGCAAUACUAAUGAGAAGAGGAGAUUUCAAGAUGCACGUGAUGAGGGUUAUGACACAUUGAAGUAUCUAACUAAUGUGUCAUUACUAGAGAAAGGUGAAAGGAUGAUUUAUGUUCAAAUGAACAAUAGUAUCCGACAGGUUGCUUUGUAUAUUUCUUCACAAGAUCCUGAUUGUAAAUUUUUGACUGGAAUGACUGAAAAUUCACCUGAUUGCUUGGAAGAAAAUGAUUGGCAACAAGCAAAGAGGAUCUCCAUGAUUGACAAAAAGUUGAGAGACUUGCCAGAAAGCCCCAACUGUAACAUGCUUUUGUCACUAUUACUACAGAGGAAUUCGAAUUUGUCAGGAAUACCCCAAUCUUUUUUUGAAAAUAUGAAGAAACUUUUGGUUUUGGACCUAUAUGGAACUGGGAUUGAAUCACUGCCAUCAUCUUUAGCAAAGUUGACAGGUCUUAAGGGGCUUUACUUAAAUAAUUGCAUCAAUGUAACGGAGUUGCCUCCCGAAAUUGGAGAACUUAAUUGUCUCGAGGUGCUUGACAUUCGAGGCUGCAGGAUAAGCUUCAUUCCAUUUCAUAUUCAAAAACUGAUUAACUUAAGGUGCUUGCGAAUCUCAUACUACAGAUCUAGCAACUUAAAUCACUGCCAAGAUAUGGACAUUGACUGUAAUGUGAUUCCAUUGCUGGCCAGACUGGAAGAAUUAAUGAUUGAUGUGGGUUCUUAUGAUCAUUGGUGCAAUGAGGUCGUAGAAGUAAUGAGGCAGGUGGCUACCUUGGAGAAUUUAACUACUCUGAGAAUCUGCUUUCCUAGAUCAGAGGUCCUCAAGACUUUUAUGCAGCACAGUCCAUCUUGGAAAGAUCGCCAACAACUGACUUCUUUUCGAUUCUUUGUUGGUUGCCAAAACAGGAAACGUCCUCAAAUUCUUGAGUGUUUUAAGUACAAAAUCAAUCGGUAUUUGGGAUAUUGCCAUGGCAAUUACAGUGAUGACUCAACAAUUUGUGAUCUGCUUGCUGAAACUGAUGCAUUGGAGUUGGUUGAACACAAAGAUAUAAAGAGUCUGACAGAUUUUGGGAAUGUUGCUAGCUUUAACAGGAUUCGUGGUUGUCUAAUUGAAAGGUGCAACAAAAUGACAACUAUUACAGAUAACAACAGGACAGAAGGUAGAGACAUCCUACCAAAUUUAGAGCAAUUGCAUUUGGUAAAUUUGCGGAGUCUGCAAACCAUUUUGGAGGGCUCCUUGUCAACCAAAAGUCUUUCCAAAUUACACACGGUGGUGGUGACGAGUUGCCCAAUGUUGACAAAAGUUUUCUCUCUCAGGGUGAUUCAACAACUCUCUGUACUCCGCAAACUAGCAAUUCAAAAGUGCGCCAAGCUGGAAGUGCUAAUUGAGAAGCCUGACAGUGCUGGACAAGUUUCACCUGCUUUUCCAAAUCUAGAGACAUUGAUAUUGAUUGAGAUGCCAAAACUAAGGACUAUAUGUGUAGAUAAGUCAUUGGCAUGGCCCUCCUUAAAAGAGCUUCAGGUCUACAUGUGCCCUGAAUUGAAAUCACUACCAUUUGACAAAGACAAUGCAGCAUAUCUGAAAUCCAUUGAAGCAGAACAAGUAUGGUGGGAGGCACUGCAUUGGCCACAGAAUGAGGUCAAAGAACAGCUUCAAUCAAUGUGCAAUCUGAGGUAAGUGCUAUUUUAUUAUUUUUGUUUUUAUCUUUUUUCUGUUGUUAUGAAUUAGAGUGAUGUAUAAUGUGUAUGUAUUGUACCAAAUAAAAAUAAUGUGUAUGUAGCAUGUACUACACGAUGUUCUGUUAUUUUUAUCUGUUUAAAAUUGUUCCGGACAGACAACUUAUAUAUCUUUGUGCAAGCAGCUCUGCCUCUUAUCCA